AUGGCUGAAGAAGGAUCAUCCGUGAAACUAAUUGAAGACUUCAUUUUGCCAAAAAUCUUACAAGAACUGCAAGGGGCUACAAUACUGCAACAUGAAUUGCGGGCUAUGGACGGAAUGAAAGACAACUGGGCUUCUACAAUGUUCGAGAUUAAAUUGGAUGUGCAGCGUAAGGUGAAGGAACCUCUGCAUACUAUAUUGAAAGUAAUGAAUGAAGAUAAAAAUGUGCGAGAAAAAAUGAAAUCUCAUAAACAGUUUUUCAAUGAGAUUCAUUUUUAUUCCACUGCAAUGUCUCUGUUUACAUCAGUAGUAGCGGCGGAAGAACAGAAAUUCACUUUUGAUCGACUGUUUCCGAAGUGUUUCUGCAGCUAUUAUAAUGUAAAUAAGAAACCCGAGAAUUAUGAAGACGCCUACAUUGUUAUGGAGAACUUAAAAGUUCGAGGUUUUAAACUUGGAAAUCGUACUUCAUUGGAUUUUAAACACUGCAGUCUUGCUUUGCAAUGUUUAGGAGAAUUUCAUGCGCUUUCAUAUUUUAUAAAAGAGCGAGUUCCUGAUAGAUUUGUAAAUGAAGUGGUGAAACCCAUUCAUGAGACUAACUAUGAUCCAAGUGAUAAGAAAACGUGGAACGAUACGUUUGGUGCAUGUGAGCAAAGAAUAAUCGAUGCUUGUGAUUCUGAGAGUGUGCGAAACCGACUCCGUGAGCUGGCGGCGCGAGAACCGUUCGACGUCUUCACUGAGCUCGUGCAGCCGCAAGAACCUCUGGCGGUGUUGUGCCACGGAGAUUUCCUGAGGAACAACGUGCUCUUCCGAUACGAGAACGGAGAACCAGUGGAAAUGAAGUUCAUCGAUUUCCAAACCAUUCGUUAUGCCUCUCCAACCAUCGACAUAUCCUUGCUCCUAUGCAUGAAUACCACUCACGAACUGCGAGUGGGCCAUUGGGACGAGUUGUUGCAGGUUUACCACAAUUCCCUCACCAACACGUUGUCUAGUCUGCUCCGAAAGCCUAAAGAUCAUCUCGAUUCACGUUAUAGUUUCGACUCCUUUAUGGCUGACUUUCGACGACACGCAGUGUAUGGCUACUUGAUAGCCAUAGAGUUCCAACUGUGGAUGUUUGCUGAGGAGAGCGAACUUGAAGCUUUCGUCAAAAUGUACUGGGAGGAAAGAGGUUCUCCCAGACACCUGGAAGCUUUACGUCACUUGGGCGGCGUCCAAGCAACACGUGAACUAGUAAUGUUGGCUAAAGAUCUGGUCGAGAAAAAAUACACGCCUAAUGAAUCAAGAGUAAAUAUUAGAUAUUUCAAUACUUAUUCUGAAGCUGAACAUAGACGUUUUAUGAAUGAACACAUGGUGGUUUAACUGAAAAAUAGACAUGAGAAAAUAUUUCUUAUACUGUGAAAUAUCUUAUUUCCGUUUAGAACUGUGAAUAGUAUUUUUCAUUUGUUUUUUUUUUAUUUCUCGUGUUUUCAGUCAUUAAUUUGCCCUUAGAGCGGGAAUUUAAAUCCAGUAGUCAAGAAUGUUUGCACUUUACAUUCAAAUAUGUACUUCAUUUUUAAAUGUUUUCAAAUUAAAUCCAGAAAAGAAGUUUUACGUAUCCUUGAGACAAAGCAAUAGACUACGAAAGAAGGUAUUCAAAUUGAAAAUUGCAAUUCCCUGAAGAUUUUAUCCUUCAUUGUAGAAAAUAUCCAAGCCACAAGAAUGAACACGGUUGAAACAUCGCUUGGAAAGUUGAGACAUUUUAAAGUUGGAUCAACAAGGAUGCACGCCAAAAAUGAGAGCUUUGUCUAAUUGUGAUUUGCCGAGAGGCCGCAGACAGUUGCUUUACGAGUCUUAGGGCUGGCAAACAUUGUACUGGAACAAUUGGUGUUUCAGCACGCACGCUCGCAUCUUUCGUAAACCGCCUCAUGCAGCGUAGUCCAGAUUUUCGCUCACUGCGCUUCUUCACGAGCGAAGCGACGCAAGGGACGUUGCGAUACGAGAAAUUUCUGGGACGAGUAAAAAUUGGUAAUGAGGUCGUGAGUGGCCCGUUUCAUGAAACACUGCUGUCUGUGAGGUGAACGCAAAGGUGUAUGGUGUAAAAGCGAAAUCCAAGCAGCUAAUUUGUGGUAUCUUGGUAUAUGAUAAAUACUGUAUAAUUGUCUCCUAACAGAUACAGAAUUUGCGAGAACAAAUGCUCAUUGAUUUAUUGUUAUUCAAUUGUUAUUGUAUUAGUAAAUUUGACUUAUUUAUGAAAUUGUUUAUUGAAAUAAUGCCAAAUGACCGAGCAGUUUAUCAUAUAAUUAUUUAUAAUUGUUUUUAGAAAGUUCAUUGCGCGGCUCUGUCAAUUUUGUAUUUUGCGCGCCUAGCGUCGUAGCAUUCUGUAUUGAUUAUUGAUAACUGAAGAGGUUAGAGUUCUUCCAUAAUUUGGAAUAUCUUCAAUUUGUAUUGUGCGAUUCAUUCGCAAUUUUAAUUCUGUGAAAUUGUUAAAUUUUGUAAGUCGGUGAGUAAAGCGUCCCGUUCCACCAACUUCCUCACUAGGAUUUCGGUAGGAAAUAUUGUUGUAUUAUUUAUUUAUGGACAUUAGGGUUCUAAUUUUAUAUUAUUGUACUGAAAUUUGGUAUGUACUUUUUUUGUCACUUCAUGUACCUGUAACAUUACUUUUUUAUGUGUCCAAUUCAGUCAUUGUGCUGCUGAAAUUGUUUAUUGGAUAAUAAAUUGAAAUUGUGUAUCGAAA